AUGCCGUGCAUGUGCUUCCCGAAGUACGUCCCGGAGACGCAAGCGAAUAAAGAUUUGAUGUCCAACCAUUACGCGCCCGCGAUAACACCUAAUGCGUCGACGACAACGACGACGACAACGAACAAGAAGCAACAACAACAACAGAAACAGAUUCACAUCACCGAGGAGCACCAGGAGUGCGCGGUGUGUUACGACGAUUUGUGUUCGCACCGAACGGCGGUUUUCGUCAAACAGGACGGACGGACGAGGACGUGUAAGCACUACUUUCACGCGGCGUGCGCGAGGGAACUGUUAGAACACGCGGACCAGGAGAUGAUGAUGGAUCAGGGAGGCGAUUUUGAAGAAGAAGAAGAAGAUUAUGAUGAUGGAGAAGAAGCGGCGAGUCGGAGCGGAGGAAGUCGAAGUAACAGUAAUAAUAAUAACGGAAACAACGUAAGAAAUACUACGAAACGUAACAGAAUAUCGGCGACGUGCCCUAUAUGUCGAGUGCCGGUGUAUGGAUCGGUGAACGUGCCGUCGUGCUCGACGAAUCCGAAUUUAUGGUUUGAUAUCGUCGACAUUGACGACGACGGGAAAGUCUCGCCGACGGAUUUGGUGACCAUUUUGAGAGCGCAAUUUUUAGUCGAUUGGAGGACGAUCGAGAAGAAGUUAACCGGUGAGAUUUGGCCGAAAUACGACGCGAACAACGAUGGUUUCAUCAGUCGCGAUGAGUUGUUGAAACCGGAUGGAUUGUUGGAUUAUUUGUUGAAGACUUUUGAAACGCCAAAGAGACGAUUUCGUAACUGUCCAAACUUGGAGAUGCAACCGAGAAAAUGGUUCGAGUAUUGGGACGAAGAUCACUCUGGGACGUUGGAUUCGGAAGAAUUGAUCAGAGCGUUGGUGAAAACGUUUAAUUUGAACGCCGAAGUGAGAUCAUUACGGGCCAUGGCGGAAAGCGUGAGAUCGGUCUGGGGCGCCUUCGACCAGGAAGAUAAAGGCGAGAUUUCGUUGGACGAGUUCAUAGCGCCGGAAGGGUUGGCUCAGAGCAUUGUCGCGACCAUGCGUUGGUCGGAUAGCGUACCAAAUUCGAGGGAACAUUCAAGGGCGAGUGGCCAAGACGGCUCGGAUUUGAAACGUAGCAGUCAGCACUCCUCGGAUUUGCGACGUAGCAGUCAGCACUCCUCCGACGGGAAGACAGUUGGGAAACCAAAGCGGGUCGGUAUUUUGGGAUUUUCGCGACUGCGCGGCUCCGCGGACGAGAGAGACAUACCGGACUCGCCAAGAGACCAACGUCUGGCGUUUUUGAACAACUUUCGAAUGACGCCGAGAGGCAGUUUUGAGGACAUAGAGUUAGAGGAAACGAAAGAGGAGGAGAACGCUUCGGAGGCAAAAAACGGAGCAACGUAG